AUGGAGUCUCUGAGCGACACCCUUUGGGAUGUCGUCAUCAGCGGCACCGGGCUGCAGCAGUCACUGCUUGCGCUAGCCCUUUCGCGGUCCGGCAAGAAGAUCCUGCACAUAGACCCCAACGAGUUCUAUGGCGGCCCCGAAGCAGCAUUCAGUCUUCAAGAUGCUGAGUCGUGGGUGGGCCGAGUUUCAGCAGGCACCGCUGGCCUUUUCAAGUCUGCGACUAUUGCGCGGUGCGAUAGUUCCACUGGGUUAUCGUCCCGAGCAUACUCGUUGGCCCUUGCGCCACAGCUCAUCCACGCGCGCUCGGAAUUGCUCUCACAGCUCGUCUCCUCGCGUGCCUACCGCCAGGUCGAGUUCCUUGCUGUGGGGUCCUUCUACAUUUUCAAGCCCUCCCAGGACGCAGCCCAGCAACCGAGUUUAACCCGCAUCCCAUCUACCCGCGAGGAAGUCUUCUCGACCACGGCAGUCUCGGCCAAGGCGAAGCGUCUUCUGAUGAAGUUUCUCAAAUUCGUCCUGGACUACGAAAGCCCGCCGCAGCUAGAAUUAUGGCAGCCGUAUACCGACUCACCACUGGUUGAUUUUUUGCAACAAGGGUUCAAGAUGGAUGCAGAUCUGCAGACGUACAUCGUCACCCUCACCCUUUCGCUGGACGGGAAGAUCAGUACCAAAGACGGGUUGGCUGUCAUCCGUCGCCAUCUCUCGUCGAUGGGUGUUUAUGGCCCCGGCUUUGCCGCGAUCUACCCCAAGUGGGGUGGCCUCUCGGAAGUUGCACAGGUUGCGUGUCGUGCCGGCGCCGUCGGUGGCGCCGUGUACAUGCUCGGAACUGGCAUUGAAAAGAUGGAAACUAUUGAGGACGAGGUCACGCUUCAGCUCACUAGUGGCGACACCAUAAAGACACGGAGUCUGGUGCGCGCUGACGAGAACCCAAGCGAUCAAACGGGUAUCAGCAGGUUGGUAGCCGUGGUAGGCUCACGGCUGAACUCAUUAUUCGAAGCUACCCUAGAAGGAGCACCACGACCCGCCGUCGCAAUCGUCGCUUUCCCAGCGGGUUCUUUGUCAACCGCGGCUGGAAAGGCGUCAGAGUACCCGGUCUACCUGUCUGCUCAUGCCAGCGAGACCGGGGAAUGUCCUGUUGGUCAGAGCGUCUUGUACUUUACGACUUUUACCACGGCAGAUGCCAAGGAGAUUUUGGAGCGGGCACUGGAUGCGUUUGUCGGUGUCACAAGCGACGGCCAGCCUUCUCAGGUCUUGUACCGACUCCAGUAUGAACAGCUGGCCGGCCAGAACGCCUUCAGAGCAGAAGGCUCGAUCUUUACGCUCCCCGCGCCCUUUCCCUCCCUCUCGUUUGACGACUCGGUAUUGGGGCCAGUUCGUGAGGGAUGGGAGAAGGUCAUGGGUGAGGCUGCUGCCGAAGCAGAGUACAUGGUUUUUGAAGACCGGGAGGGUGCCAUGGAUGAUGACGAUGUUUAUGAAUAA